AUGAAGGGAUAAAGGAAAACAGAGAGAGUCGAGAGAGAGAGAGGAAAAAAGAGAGAAGAAAAGAGGGAUUAGGAGCUUCGUGAGGGAGAAAAAUCUCUGCAAAAGAGCUUUUUGACUCUCUCUCUUCUUCCUCAGGGACGAGGAUUUAACGCCUCCAUGAAUCCCUUCUUCAUCUGAUUCUAAUUCGUGCAUGUAUCCUUGAUUUUGACCCCAUUCUUUUGUGUAUUCGUUACGAGGGAUUUUAAAUCGAAGCGGAGUAUAAGGAUUAUAUUCAUCGCUGAUUCAUGGGAAAUUGCUGCGUUAAGCCUCAUGGUGCCUCCGAUGUCAGGAAGAAAAAGAAUAAGAAGCCGAAUCCGUUCUCGAUUGACUAUGGGGCUGUUCACGGAUCUGGUGGUACAAACAAGCUUGUUGUGUUGAAAAAUCCUACAGGGAAUGACCUUUACGCCAGAUACGAGCUUGGGCGAGAGCUUGGGCGAGGUGAAUUUGGGUUAACUUAUUUGUGCACAGAUGUAGAGACCGGAGAGAAAUUGGCCUGCAAAUCGAUAUCGAAGAAGAAGCUGAGGACUGCAGUGGAUAUUGAGGAUGUGAGGAGAGAGGUUGAGAUCAUGAAGCACAUGCCUAAGCACCCAAACAUUGUGAGCUUGAAGGAUACCUAUGAGGAUGAUACUGCAGUGCACAUUGUGAUGGAGCUGUGCGAAGGAGGUGAGCUGUUUGACCGGAUUGUGGCAAGAGGCCAUUAUACCGAGAGAGCAGCUGCCUAUGUUCUGAAGACCAUUGUGGAAGUUGUGCAGAUGUGCCACCAACAAGGAGUAAUGCACCGUGAUCUCAAACCCGAAAAUUUUCUUUUUGCAAAUAAAAAAGAAACAAGCGCUCUAAAGGCAAUUGACUUUGGUUUGUCAGUUUUCUUCAAGCCUGGUGAGAGAUUUAAUGAAAUUGUUGGAAGCCCUUACUACAUGGCUCCCGAGGUUUUGAAGCGCAAUUACGGUCCGGAGGUUGAUGUUUGGAGUGCUGGAGUAAUCCUUUACAUUCUACUGUGUGGGGUUCCUCCUUUCUGGGCAGAAACUGAGCAAGGAGUUGCACAAGCAAUUAUCCGGUCUGUGAUUGAUUUUAAGAGAGAUCCUUGGCCUAAAGUAUCAGAUAAUGCGAAAGAUCUUGUUAAGAAAAUGCUUGAUCCAGACCCCAGCAAGCGGCUAACUGCACAUCAAGUUCUCGAACAUCCUUGGUUACAAAAUAUAAAGAAGGCGCCAAAUGUCUCCCUAGGUGAGACCGUAAAAGCCAGGCUUAAGCAAUUCUCUGUGAUGAACAAGCUUAAGAAAAGAGCUUUGAGGGUUAUAGCAGAGCACUUGUCUGUAGAGGAAGUGGCUGGAAUUAAAGAAGCAUUUGAUAUGAUGGAUUCCCAAAAGAGGGGUAAACUUAACCUGGAAGAACUCAAAAUGGGUUUGCAAAAGCUUGGCCACCAGAUACCAGAGGCAGAUGUCAAUGUUCUAAUGGAAGCGGCUGAUGUUGAUGGGGACGGAACUUUAAAUUACGGGGAGUUUCUUGCCCUUUCAGUCCAUCUUAGAAAGUUGGCCAAUGAUGAGCACCUUCACAAAGCCUUCGCCUUUUUUGAUAAAAAUGGAAGUGGAUUUAUAGAGAUUGAAGAGCUCCGUAAUGCUCUCAAUGAUGAAGAGGAGGCAAAUAGUGAGGAAGUCAUCAACGCCAUAAUGCAAGAUGUCGACACGGAUAAGGACGGUCGUAUAAGUUACGAUGAAUUUGCUGCAAUGAUGAAAGCUGGCACGGAUUGGAGGAAAGCAUCGAGGCAAUAUUCUCGCGAGAGGUUCAGCAAUCUCAGCUUGAAGCUAAUGAGGGAUGGCUCUCUAACGACGGUACCUAAUGAGGGUAGAUAAAUAAAAACAAAACAAAAAACACGGUGCAUGCAUGAUACGACAAGAUGAAAGGGUGCGUUCCUCGUGUUCCUGUUCUUCCUUUUUUCUUUAAUCGAAAUCUUUAUCUGCCAGUUUAUACGCGAUUUGUGCAACUUAACUUUUCUUUCUACCAUCAUCAUCAUCAUCAACCUUGUUGGGGAGCCCCCUAAAAUGGCUUAUGCAUAGAUUUGACAAUUUGUUGUUUGUAAAGUAAGCCGAGCCGGUUGAACUUGAAAAUUUAUCUCGAGGGAGGGCCAGAAAACAUUGAUAUGAUGUAUUGUUGUUCAUGUGUUUGCUGUGUGUAUAUAGAUCGAUCUAUCGAAUGAAUUGAAUGUGUAUAAUGUGUCUUGUGACUUGUCUAGACUCUAUUAACAUUACGGUAUCAACAUUUCAAUACAAGUCUCAUUGUGCUUUGUUA